AAAUGAGCCCUAUCGGCAAAUAAAAUCUGAAAAUGGAAAUAGAAACAGGCAACAGUGAUGAUAGUCAUUUGUCUGACUCAAUGAACCAUUACAGCUGUAGUAUAUAAAAUUGGGUGUUGUUGGCCUUCUCCGGCUGUUUCCUGAUUCCUCUCUACAAACAAAAUGCUUACGCUUGUAAUCCUUGCUUCAAUUGCUUACCAUGCCUUGGCUGAAAUGAAUCCCGACCAGGAUCUGAUUAACAAGGGACUCAAAUUCACUGCCGAGUGCAUGUCAAAAUCUGCUAUAAAAUAUGAUCAGUGCUUGGAGAUGUUUAAAGAUGGGAUUGAUCUAACUGAUAAGAAAUACGAUGGUUGCAAAUGUGUUAUUAAUUGUGUUGCCAAAAAAUUUCAUGUAAUUACAAAAGAUGGGAGUUAUGACUUACCUGGAAUUGAAGGGUAUAUUCAAAAUCUGAAAACUCCAGCAUGGAAGGAAGAAGCAAAAAGAGUUUUCCCGCUAUGCAAGGAUGAAACUUCUGGGGCAAAUGGCUGUGAGGCAGGAUUCAACCUAUUCUCUUGCGCUAUGAGAAAUUCUGAUAAAGCUAAAUCACUGACGAUGAAACUUGUGAAGACGCUUUCUGGAGCUUGAGCGACCUAGCAGCAUUGACCAUAUUGCUAUUCUACUCAUUACUGUUUUUGUUUAAUUUUAUUUAAAAAUUAUUUAUCUGUUGUAAGAAAAGAUUAA